AUGCCGAGACUCAUUCGCAGAAGGCCGCUGCUGGAGCGCAUCAAAGAUUACUUGAACCCGGGAGACUUUCUGCUUUGGCUGUCGGAGGAAAUUGAAACGAGGGAUUGGGACUCCAAAAGGCUUGCCGCUCCUAUUGCUUUCGGUUUGCACUUUGUCUUCCUAAUCGCGAGGGCAAACACAAGCGGUAGUAGUGCCAAAGGAGGUGACGAUGUUUUUGGAGACGAUUAUUCUGGCACAGGUUGGCUAAGUUACAUCGCAACCGUCAUUGUUCAUCUAUUGACAUACUUCUCUAUCGCUAAUGCCGCGUACACAUUUUCUCGAAAAAGACAUUACCGCCUCUUCGAAACACCUAUCGAUGCACCACAAAGCACACCAUCCGCCAAGAGGGUCCGCGUCGAUUCCUCUCCGGUUUCCUCAUCUCCCUUGAGACUACUUACGAGCAUACUUGGAGACCCUAGCGCAGAGUCCAGGGCGCACCCGGAUGCUUCCCGCGAUGUCUGGGAGCUGGCCGUUUGGGAUCCCCUUCCGAUUUGCCUACAGCUCUUUUGUCACUUUAGCCCAGGACAUGUGUUGGUAUAUUGGCUCUUCCUCCCAACUCUGGCGUCGGAUUCCCGACCCAGUGUGACAGUUGUCACCACGAUACUACUAGAAAUUCUGUUGUCCUCGCAGCUAUACAUUCUCCAAUCCAAUUUCUCACAACAGGAAAAGGAUGCGGCUAUCAUCAGCAAGGAGGUUAUGGGCGAGUACGACAAAAAGUUCGUUCAUCCUCGCCUGAAUCCUCUUAUGCGUGAUGUUGCUACUCAAUACACGACCUCCAGUACUGAUGCUGGAAUUGAAGAGGGUGGGGAUGGGGAUGUGACCACUUAUACUCCUACUGUGGUUCUGAAACGAGAAUUCCGAACCAAUCCGAAUCCGUGUUAUGCUAAACACUUCGAUCCCGACAAUAAAGGAUCUAAUCAACGAGUUACCCCUUCUCCGGCGCCGACCUACACUCCAGCAGCGUACAGUUCCAGAGAACCAACACCUUACACUGGUGUAACCCCGAAACCACCAAUUCGUCAACCCCAUUUUCGCCAAAGUGUGGCUACGGCUACUGCUACAGGAGCAAGCACAGGCGACGGUGGCAGUCUAGGAGUUUACAGUCAUGCCAAUUCUCCACUGAAGAAAGCGACUAGCAUGUAUGAUAUGCAAAGUGGCCGCCGUGAAGCUCCAAAGAACUCUCUAGACAUGGCAGGUCGUGAGAUACAGGAGCAAAGGGAGAGAAGCUUGAGCCCAGCAAAGAGGCAAAGCGAAGCUCACAAGUCUUUUCUGAGCAAAAACAGGAUGCCAGCUUCUGAGGCCGAGAAUGACCGUCGCACAAGCGCUCCCAGUGGCUUUGCUUGGAAGCAGCGGCCUAGCGGUUACGACAGUCCCUAUAAAAGGGGACCCUCGAGAUUUUAG